GACGCAGGUGUGGCCACGAGGAAGUAAGAAAUACCGGUGAGAACGACCCUCUCGCUUUAAAGCGCGGAUCGUUUUUCUUUCGUCGUAGUUGUUCUAGCAUUUACAGUGAUAUAGACGCUCGAAUUAAAUGUACUGUAGGUAGGAAAAACGUGAUAUUCCAACAUUCCUUAUUUAAAAAGGAACCUUGUUGUCUUGCAGUUGUCUCUACGCAACGUCAGAGGAGGAAGUGCAGAGCCGGCAGUUCAAGUCUGACCAGUUCGUUCAGGUUUCGACCUAGAAAGCCAUAGGAGAUCCGAUACAGCACCCUUAAACACAAGACUUUCAGUAUAGUCGAUCGUUAUGGCGCAGUUGCCCCUUCUGGUGCUGGUUCUGGUUUUCUCAGCGUGCGGGCUUCGGGCCAGCCUUUUAAAAGGUUUUCCGGAAUGUAACAGUUGGUUCGAAGAGAUUCUUGAAUACACGGUUGACCCCCAGUCGUUUGCUAACGGCGCCAAUGCUGCGCAGGUAAACUCGGCUGAAGAGUGCCAGAACAUCUGCUGUACCACCAAAGAAUGUGACCUGGCCGUCGUAGAGAACAACGGCCAAGGCCUUCAGUGUCAUUUGGUCAACUGUGCUGAGAACGGCGUCGACGGUUCCUGCUUACUGGCAAGUCAUCCUAACUUCAACAGCUAUCGCCGACAUGCAGCCGAUUGCAUAGCACCACCUGCGGUGGGCCCCUGUCGGGCUUCAUUUCCUCGUUUUUUCUUUAAUUCCACCAGCCAGUCCUGCCAGCUUUUUAUAUACGGUGGUUGUCCAGGAAAUGAUAACAACUAUUUGAGUAUGGAGGACUGUCAGAGCUUCUGUGGCCAAGGCACAGUGUUACCUCAGGUUUUGACCAAUAAGGAUGAAGAUCAGAAUAAGGUCACAGAGGAUACCACUGCAUAUGCAGAAUACUGCCUGACGGAGCCUGUCGGUGGAUUUUGCAAAGCAUCAAUGCCUCGCUACUUCUACAACAGUAAUGCAAAGAUGUGCCAGACUUUCAUCUAUGGAGGUUGCAUGGGGAACAAGAACAACUAUCUAACCAAGGAGGAAUGCCAGGCUAAGUGUGCAGGUAAACUUUACCACAAUUUAGAUGCAUUCUUUUCCAGAGUUAUUAAAGGUUGCCCCGGUUUUAAGUUGUUAACCUGCUCUGUUUUCCAUUUUAUAGAGCCUGUUGCCCCAAAGGCCCUAACUGAAAAUAUUCCAGAAGCAUAUAAAGAACGCUGUAUGGUAAAGAGAGAAACUGGUCCCUGCCGUGCCAGUUUCAUGAACUGGUAUUUUGACCCAGUUACCAAGAACUGUCUGUCUUUUACAUAUGGUGGCUGCCAGGGUAACCAGAACCGGUAUGGAUCAGUCGAGGAGUGUAUGGACAGCUGUGCUGCAGGUCCAGCAGCUUACAAUUACGAUCAGCCAGGACACAAUGUUCAAACUCAUUACAGCAAAGUCGUCUUCCUUGCCGCUGUACUCUCAAUUAUGACGGUUCUGCUGGUGAUUGGUCUGAUCUUGAUAUCUGUGAAGAGAAUAAAGUCUCACCAGGUCAUUGUGAAAGAAGACAAGGAGGAGCUGCUGCCUGCCCAUGGUCACAACGACUCAGCUUAGUCAUGGUGAUCAAUGACUGGAGCCUGCCAUCUUGUUUCUUUUUCUGUCUUUCUUUCUUGAUUCACACUCCUGGCCUACCCAUGUAAAGGAAACAAAAGGCCCAUCUUUGUACUGUUAUACUGUCAAUAGCAUGUCUGAUAUUGUACACUCAAGGAGGUGAAUGUGGGCUGUUUUUCUUUAGAUUGAACAAAAAAAAAUUUGUCUGCGCAGUUUAAACAUAACAGUGAAUAAAACUGCAAAUGGGUGUGAAUGACAAAAAACAAAUAGGAGUUACAUACCUAAGGGAUCUGUGAUGGGAUUUUGGGCUUGAUUCACAAAGUGAUUUGUUCCAAGGGAAGGAGUAUUUGUUUGUAACUGAGCUCUGGAGUCUCUGUCUGCAAAUGGAGUGGAUGCAGACUAACCUCUGAGGUGCAGUGUUUCUGCUAAUGCUUGCUUUGCAAAUGCCUUCAUUGCCUCUGCUUGACAAAUUGUAGGAACAAAGCUUUAGCCUCUGUAGAAAUUAUGGUGCCCAUGUUAAAAUAAUAUAGGCUAAUUUUAUUAUAAAGGAUUUUUUUUUGC